GUGGUAGUACCGUUGCAAAUGCGGCACUCCAGACGACGCAACAGCAAGUUGUCAACGGAACUCGGGUAGGGCAGGGAACGCAGGACGCGGUUGUCACAACACACAUCUUUGGCCGGUGGUGACUUGUGGCGAACAUUGUGAUGGGGGAGGAAGGUGAAAGAAGGAAGAGGAUCUCCACCAACCCUUUCCUGUACACGGACGGCAGCCUGGUGGAGGAUGACGUGCUGCAGGCCCAGCUGAGUGUUGAGGAGCCCAGCAGUGGUGGCUCCGCCUCGCCCAGUCCCCGCUGUCACGACCCACCCCAGGACAUCACCUCCUCCAGCCCCCGUGGCCAGGAUAUUGCUGACCCAGACCACACGCCUCAAGCUGAGAUGCCGAGCAGGCAGGUGUGGACACAGGCACGGACAAACUCAAGGACUGCUACAUCUAUCGACAUUGAUGAUGAAAAGUUACAGAGUAUGACAGGAUCAUACUCAGAGAUCUUGGAACGACCAUUGCUGAAGCAAGGCAUUGCAGAAGCUGAUGAAGAAGCUGAGGAUGAUGGAAAAGAAGAGAUGGAUGCUGUUACCCCUGUGUACUCGGAAAUGGAUCCAGUGCAAGCUUUCUUGUCACAAGAACGUCUUAGUGCCUUCAUGGCCCGGGAUGAUUCUCUAGGGGAGAUGCCAGACUAUGGAAAUGAUGCACCUCAGGACUCUAAGGAGCGACCUGUGAGCCUAAGGGUGGGGAGGUGCAGCCCAGACCAAGCUGAGUCAGCUCUACAGGGCUCUGGAAUGGUGACACGGCAGGGCGACAUUAUAUCUUUUGUUGCUGAUGAUCUGCAUAGUAAGAUAAAACUUGCUAGUCCAGUGUCAAAGUCAGUGGUCUCCUUCCCUGGCUCCAGGAGCUCAACUCCAAGCUUACUACGGACAGCCUUAGAUCUACAAGUGCCCCCAAUUGACCCAUCCACCAUUAAUGACAUUGAGAGACAUGCAAGGCAUAUUGCUACAUCAGUUGAUACACUCAUAGAAAACCUCACUGGAACACUCCAUAGUAUAUCUGCAUUGACUGUAGACUGUGUAGAAACUUAUCGAGAUGCAGUGUGCAAGACUUGUGAUGCUGUGGAUGCAAAUAUAAAGUCAAUGUAUCAACUUAUGGCCAAAACAGAAGAGCUAAGCAAGUCAAUGAAGCCCAUAUACAAGUUGCAAGAGCAAAUCAAAGAAGUUCGACGCUUACUUGACAUGUUUGAGAAUCUUGUCCAUUCGUGUGGUGCGUGAAGCUUCAAAGGCAGCUGUGAGAUUGUACUUUUAACCUGCAGUGAUAUGUACAAAUAUAUUGUUGUGUAUAGUAGACCUGUGAAAAUGUUGUAUUAGAAUGUUAGAUUAUUAGAACAUUUCUUUACUAAAUACUGUGAUAUUUAUGCUGUUAUUUCAUAGAUAUGUUGAUUUAUAUAAAUGUGGAAAAGUGGAGAGGACAAAUAAUGUUGAGCACCUGAGUUUUGUGCAGUGUUGUGAGGAUUGGUCUUCUCCAAAAGUCCUAGGGCUAAGAUGGAUUUUAAUUAUUCUUAGGAAAUGUAUGUGUGUGUGUGUGUGUGUGUGUGUGUGUGUGUGUGUGUGUGUGUGUGUGUGUGUGUGUGUAUAUACCUUGUCACCAUCCUUAUCCUUAUUAUUUGAGGAUAUGUUGGCCAGGUAUUUAGUUAGAUUUAAAUUAUUCAUCAAUGUAUUUAAGACCUAAUUUGUGAAUAUAGACUGUGUGCUCAAGAAUACAUAGUAAAUUAUAGUAAAUUAUAGUAUAUAUAUAUAUAUAUAUAUAUAUAUAUAUAUAUAUAUAUAUAUAUAUAUAUAUAUAUAUAUAUAUAUAUAUAUAUAUAUAUAUAUAUAUAUAUAUACAGUAAACCCUUUUUAUAUUAGACUAAUUUGGGGGAGAACCCACUGGAGAUAAAGGUGAAGAUCUAAUAAAAGCAGUGCUGCUAUUUUGAUAAAGGGGGGGGUGAGUGGUCGGGAGUGCCACAACCUUUAACAACAACUGCAACUAUGAGACUGGCCAGGUGACCUGUGGCAAAUUUCAAAUUUCCCAAGGUUGACUUGGAAAAAAAUCAAAGAUUGACCAGAAAUUCCCAAGACAGAGAAACAAUAAAUAAUUAACAGAAAUUUGUUUGAAGUAAGAUGGAAUCUUAUCUUUCAUUAUUAUUGCAGAUAUACUCGGCUAAGGGGUUUGUCUUCUUUGCCCUCAAAGGCAUCCUUCACACCUGGAUGCAGUAUUGCCAUUCUCUCCCGUCUGCCUUCCUGUUCUCACUCACUACUCAGGUAUAGCACUGACCACUUUUCACAUCUCUGAUGAGUAAUGUUGAGGGUUGCUAUUGAUAACAAUGUACACUUACUGACAUUGUCCAUUUCACCUACAAAGCAAGGUCCGCUGACCACCCUAUCCCCCCCCCACCAUUCCCUCAGGCAGAUCCUCUGCUAUCAGUGUCACCCUACUAACUGUACUCCAUAACGACCAUACCUCUAUCCUCAACCAGCCAGGGUAGAGUGACCUGGCGGCCCAACGUUUGAUUUGUUAUUACGAUUUGAAGAUCUUGCCCAAGAAAUUAAUACCACCAUUAGAAAAAAAUACCACUGCUUAUUAAAUGCAUACCAAGCUCAACUCUUGAAGAUACAUGAAAUAUCCCAAGAUUUGAGGCAUUUCUGCAAAAGAUUCCCAUGAUCCCAAGAUGAAGUGUGAAAUCCCAAGGUAUGAUCACCUUGAGACUGAGGCAGAUGCAGUGUGUGGGUGUGGUGUGUGCUAACCACCACCACCCCACCCACAGUCUUCCUCCCUCCCUCCCACCAUCACUUACUCCCUCGAUGCCACCGCCACUGGCUGGACGUUCCGCCUCAUUUACCAACCUUUGUCCGAUAAUUCAGAUGGAUGGUCCAUAGGCCAUACAUUUCCCAUAAAUGUGAAAUCUGAUAUAAUGGGGUCUAAUAUAAUGAGGGUUUAAUAUAUAUAUAUAUAUAUAUAUAUAUAUAUAUAUAUAUAUAUAUAUAUAUAUAUAUAUAUAUAUAUAUAUAUAUAUAUAUAUAUAUAUAUAUAUAUAUAUAUAUAUAUAUAUAUAUUAUGCAGAGCUGUGCACUCCCACAACCACUUUUACAAACCACAAAUGUUGAGAAAUGAUGAUAUAGGGGAUAGAGCUGGACUAAGGUCAUAUAGAUAAUAGAGAGAGUGGAUGAUAGUACAGAGCUGCAUGGAACACCACUCUUUUCAGGCAUUGGUUAUCUUCCUUUGCAUUAACAUAACAACCAAAAAGGAAACUUGAGGUUAAGGUACUGAGACAAUAUUAUUAGGUAUUAGAAAUUUGUUUUGGUUGAGAUUCAGAGGAAAGUCAGAUUACCAAUAAACUUUUUUUUUUUACAUGAUCCAUACUAUUGAUCAGAUAAAGUAUUGGUUAGUACCUUAAAGGAGUGGAGCAGUCAACCUUCCUUGGACCAGAUUAAAUGUAGGCAAACUUCCAACAAGAAAGAAAUAUAUGCUGAUGGAGAUGAAAAGUUUGAUUAUGUGGAGUUAGAAUAUUGAAGCACAGUGAUGCAAAACAAAAGUAUUGACUUCACAUGUACAUGACCCUUCUAAGAACCAAGGUGAUAUUGGGAAUAAAUGUCAUUACAAAGAACUUAGAUUUUUUAUAAUUAUAGACUCAGAGUGGAGGUGAGGGAGGGACAAACCCUGGAGUUGAAUUUUCAUUGAAUGUCUGUGUGAAUAUUUCAGCUGUAGAGAUAGAAGAAAUGAAAGUGGUUGACUAUGGAUGAAGCUGAAAAGGGAAAGAUGAAGAAAAAUUGUUGGAGAUAUUUUUUUGGCCACAUUCUAGAAGUUAGAUGAAAGUUAGAUCUAGCAGGAUUUUGGCAUCUCUUAAUGAUGAAGCAAUAUUUGGCAAGUUGUAGAACAUAUCUAGCAUGAUUCUUGACAGAAAUAUAAAUGGUACAUGUUUCAGAAGAUACAUGUUUAAUAUACUGUCUGUGAUCUGUCUUUAUAUCCUGCCAUUUAGAGCAACUUGAUUAAGCAGUGAUUCAAGACCUUUAUGGUUAGAGAGUUUGAGGAAUGUAUGUUUUUUUUUUUUUUUUUUUUUUUUUUUUUUUUUUUUUUUUUUUUUUUUUUUUUUUUUUUUUUUGCAGAGCCACCUCCAUUAUGCACACCACUAAGAUACAAUGAGCACUGCAUAGGAAGUCAUAAUGUCUCCCUAAGUCACUUUGCAGGUGUUAUGUAGAAGAAUCUCUACUUUACUGGGUACUCAGUUGACACUGAAAAAUGGACAGGACACAGUAAUAAGAUUAUGAUUAGAGAAGCCAAAAGGAGAGAAGAGGGUUAAGGGAUCCAGAAAAGGCAGUCAGAAGUACAGGUAUGAUGCUGCACCAGUUGCUCUAGAUCAUAAAAAAUAGUGAAGUUGAAAGCUUACUCACCAUGCUGGUAGAUGAAAAACAAUAACCAAACCUGGUGGCAAGCAUUGAAGUCCCCAAUUAUGGUAACCCCACAGAAUGAAAGUGAAUACAUUAUUAAUAGGCGUACUCCACUGUAAAAUUCAAAUAUUCAGAAAUUUUACACUAUGAGAUGUUAGGUGAAAGAUACACAGUAGAGUAAUAUAAUGAGUGAUAAUUAAUUCUCAGCUAGAUGAUGGAAAAUUCAGAAAGUUUGGACACAAAAGCAGUUUGUUCCUAGCACAGAGAUAGUGCCAACUGUGGUUUGAAUACAUUCAAACCAAGGAAAAGAAGAUAUAUGGGGAAUAUAAAAAUCAUUCUUAUCAUGCAAUGGUCUCAAUGAGAAAGAGCAGUUGAGAAAGUGAAAUGAUAUUCCACAGAUAGGAAAUCAGAUCUGAGAUGACGGAAGUUAAUGCAGAGGUAGUUGGAGAAAGUAUCAGGAUGUGUCAUCAUUUUGUGGGUAAUAUGACCUGUGAACAUUUUUAGUGUCCUCCCUGCAUGGCUCCAGGCUAGCUUUGGGUCAUAUUCGUGAUCAUGAUUUUGACAUUAGGAUUGUUGAAGUGUGUAAAGUGCAUGUAGUGUAAAUAUAUGAAUGAUGAGAGAACACAAGCUGCACUGCCCUACUUUGUUAUUGAUACAUGAUGAGAAGCUGACAGAGGACACAAGAAAGAUCAAUAACAGGCUUGCAGUUUUCCCUCACCUCCCAUAUAUAGUACCUCCCUUGGAGUAUUUUAAUUAUAACAAAAAGUGUCUAGCUGUCUCCUUCACCAUAUCACAUCCUCCUCCAUUGUAUCUAGCCUCACAGUUGUCUUGGUAAGGUAAUGACCUGUAUGUAUGUUAUGCUGGCUUCUCAGUUAUUUGUUUGUGGCCAGUUCUCAUAUAUUUUAAAGCUAAUUCUAGUCCACAUCUCAGUUUCCUUUUCCAUUGUCCUUACUGGUGAUUGGAAUCUGUUUGCUGUGAUGGUCACAGUGUAUGAUGCAUUUGCCAUGUGUUUUAAUUAUUUAAAAAUUUUUCAACUAAUACUCAUAUUAUACUUAAUCAAAUUCAUGUAAAGAAACUACCUAUCACAAGAUAAGUUUCUCAUAUUAAUUUCUCACACAUUAAAUGCUCAUUUAACAUAACUUCCCUGUACUUAGUAAGUAAUAAAACUAAUAACUUG